CAACACGCUUUCAGGCAACUCUCUCACAAAGAGUUUAGCUUUAACGUCACUCGUGUGGUCGGAGGCGAGCGAGCAGCAGCACCUCGUCUGCGCUCAGGUCGCGGCCAAAUCUAACAUUGCUGCUUGAGGUGAAAAUCAACGAGUCUCGGUUUGAUCUCCAAAAUGCUGGGACCGUUGGAUAUUUUUAGAAGCGAGUGCCGUUUGGAAAACACCAAAGUGCACCACCACGAUGCCACGGUUUUUUGCAGAAGUCAGUGGCAGAGAAAUACGGAAAGCGAUGGAAAAUUCAGCUGGGGAGCAAGAGCGUACUUGGUGUACAGAUGGCUCGUCUUCUUGUUCCUUUUAUUCGGAGGACUCGUGUACGACUUCACUGUGACGCUGGGUGAAAAGAAGUGCACAACAUCCGAGCUGCACUGCAAACUAAUUUGGCCCGUCUUCCUAACAAACUGGAACACCUUUUUCACUUUCCUCCAAAUGGGCCUUUCAGCUUUUCUCGUCACCAAACAUCAACUCUUCCCUUCUAAAUCAGGCGCUGAAAUGCAACUUGUUCACAAGGUGUACUGGGUGGUCAACAACAUUUGCAACGGACUUGCACCAAUUGUUGCGUUUAUGUAUUGGUUCGCCGUUCACAACCCAGAAGUGCACGUCAUCGAUUAUAUGAACAUUCGAGAGCACGCAGUUUUCAGUUUGCUAGUGCUGAUAGAUGUGCUGCUUGUGGCGCACCCGACGCGUCUGCUGCACGUGUACCACCCAGUGUUGCUCGGCUUGAGCUACGUCACCUUUUCUUUUCUUUAUCACGCCUUGGGCGGCAUCAGCCGACUCGGCCAGCCCUACCUGUACAGUAUUCUCGAUUGGACGUAUCCCGGCAGGGCGUUAACAGUGGGGUUGGCGUGUUUAAUGUCAGAUUGCGUCGUUUUCUUCAUAAUGUGGACCAUUCAUUUGGCGAGACGCUCCGUCGCCAGUAGCUGCACGCAGAAAAAAAUAGCGCCAGCGAACGAAAAUUGCGCAAAGGAAUUUGCAAACGCUUGAAUUUAUUUUACAAGGAAAGUCCGCUUUCGUGUUAUCGUAACAAGUCAAAAAUCUAAAUUACCCUUCAAACGAUCGCUUCUCAUCAAAUAUAUAUUAACUCCAUCAUCUUGGAGUUUUAAUCUUCAGUUUGUUAGUAAUUUUCAGCUCUCCAUUGAUCGCUCAAAUCACGACGGGCUACCUGAAUCAAAUGAGUUUCAUAGGUUUAAUACCAAAGCAGACUUCCCUUCUUUAUUGUCAGUGACCUAUAAAGGUGAAUACAAGAUUGACCCAAAUUUCGCCAAAACCUGUCUUUCUUUAUUGCACUCACCAUCAAAUGUUUUAAAAACUUCUAUGCUACUAUCCCACGGGUACUUUCAUAUCGGUUAGUAAGUUUGUUCUUGGGCAUUUUAAUGUUUUGUUGUAUAACUUAACUUAUUGCCAGUCUUUCCCCUCGAAAUUUAGAGUGGAGAGCAAUCAUUACAAAAUAGACAACUAAGAGAAAAUUUUUUUAACUUGUUUCAUCGGUCUUGAACCUAUAUAAAAAUUUAUUUUUUAGGUUGUGCUUUGAUCUUGCCAGCUGGAAAAGCCAAUUUGUAUAUUUGUACAGUGCAUUUUUGACAGUAAAGCUGCUAUGUUACCGAAA